ACAUUGUUUGACAUGUCACGCCCACAUGUCCAACAAACGUAAGCGCGCACAUUUCUAAAUAUACUUGCAUGUGUUAGUUCUAUAUUUCCACACAUAAUCUUCUGUAGCUUUUACAUUAUGCAUGUCAAUAAAUUUGGUAGAUCAUACAGCCUUGGUAAAUCACUUGAUAGUGAUUUAAGGCGUCUAAUUAUUGAUGAAUGCCUUAAGUCUGGUGGAGAUGCAACUGUUGGUUACUUGCCCGUCACUUACGUAGAAAUAGCUAGUCGAUUCAGUAUCUCUGCAAAUACAGUUUCCAAAAUAUGGAAGAAUUUUUGCUACCAAGGACGAAAGGUUGAUCCAUCACCAAAAGGCGGAGAUCAUUCAAGCAAAUUUUCUGAAGGGGAUCUCGAACUUCUUGAGGUUCUUAAGCGAGCUCAUGGCACAAUUCAGCUGAAUGAAUUAUAUGCUAUACUUGAGGAAUUUGGUGAUUGUGGUGAAGUUUCGUUGUCAUCGAUUUCACGAGCAAUAAAAUCCAGACUUCUGUCCGGAAAACGAUAUACUCGGAAGCGUAUUACCAGCGUAGCCUUUGAGCGCUUUACUGAUGAAAAUAUGAUUUAUACUCAGCUUUUCAUCAACUACCUAUCUUCAAAAGAUCCGAGAAGGAUUAAGUUCUUUGAUGAGGCGGGGGUUAAGACGCCGUGCAUCGGUACACGUUUAUACGGAAAUGCGCCGUCCGGGGAACGCUGCGUGGAAAUUGUUCGAAAAACAGAAUCUCCAAAUUUUACUUUAAAUUUACUGAUUUCAGUCAAUGGCCCUGAAUAUUACAACAUUCUGGAUGGCCCAACUGACACUGUAAGGUUCUGGGAUUUCUUCUGGGAGGCUUCUCAAGCAGCACAUGAGAUAACUCGACGUCCUGCUCUCGAAGUAGGGGAUAUCGUUGUGAUGGACAAUUUAGCUGUCCACCACUACGAAGGCGGCCAAAUUCUCGAAGAAGUUUUAGCUGAGAUGGGUAUCGAGCUAUUGUUCACCCCAACAUAUUCUCCCGAUCUUAACCCUAUUGAGCUUUGUUUCAAUAAAAUAAAAACAGAACUUAACGGACGGUUUUCAGCCGACGUUCAUCGUAAUCUAAAAUUAGCUGUUGCAGAAGCGGUCGAAAGAAUAUCAGCGUUGGAUACGAGGAGGUUUUAUCGUCAUACAGCUUAUCUUUUUCCUUUCGUUGGGUGAUGCUUACAAACAGUAAUACAUUGAAACAUUUCACACAAAAUACUUGUAACAUUUAAGUUUCGUAUUUUCGUACAUUGAUAUAACAGAAUGAUUCAGCAAUAUCAUUGCUUUGGUAAAGUUGAAUAUAUCUGUAAAGUUUGACAUUGUGUUAAUUGUAAAUAUUACAUUUGACCUCACAAAACUUUGAUAACUGCAUUUAAAAUGGUAUUUGAGGAUUUUGGGGUAGGGUUUUUUUAAGAAAUCGUUAGUGGGUGGGCAUGAACAAAUUGUAUUAACUAUAAAUUGUACUGAAAUUGUUAAUUGAAAAAUAGGGGAGUUUGUAGGGGUCUGGGGGAACACCCGCAGAUAAUUUCCUGUAUUUUUUAGUCUCCGACUUGAUUUCCUGCAUUUUCGGCGAUACUUACUGUUGCACCAUCUCGGCGGAGUGAGGUUUGUUGGGGAAGGAGCUUUCGCCCGCCAGUUAAAAAGGCCCUGUUUUCGGGGAAAAACAGUGUCAUAUAAUCAAUUUAUCGGCACGGCAUGGCUAAAAUGGGUACUCGUGCUUAUUUCAUCCAUGCCCCACCUUUGUAUUGGUAGUCUGAAAACUAAUAAAAUAAGGUACGGGUGCCAAUUUUUGCCGUGCCGUGCCAAUAAAUUGAAUGUAGUGUAAACAGGGCUAUGUCAGUUUUCCGCCGCGGGAUAAAGGUCACGCGUGGCACGCAACUGACAGUUAAGUAAUAAACCUGACUGUCAGCAAUAAUUGUCGUUAUAUUUAUUACAAACAUGAUGAUAUAAUUGAUAACAAAAUAACGUUUUCUCAAACUUAUGGUUCGAACUUGAAGAGUACACAGUCACAGGUUGCUAUAAACAAAAUGAUCUUGCAAAGCAAAUCAAACCUCUCAAACUCGACGAGAGAAACAUUAAAUGUAAUGCUGCAUCCCUGGUCUCUGACUCUGUCGAUGUCAGAACUUCUGAUGCACUAGGACGUGAAAUAGUGUUGGGCGCAGCAGUGGUUUCGGAUAAACUUGCAGCAGUACCAGUGUUUCCAGAUGAAAUUGCAGGAUCACUGCUCGCAUAAAUUACACGACAGGAAUCAGAUGGAUGAAACACUGGCUGUUGAACUGUUGGCGUGUAUGGAUAGAAAUAUGGGUUCAUAUUCCCGUAAGAAUAAUUUGGAAAAUCUUGAAAUGUAUAACUUGGCGCAGUGUUGUUUAAUUGAUAAGGUGUCGGAAUGGGUUCGGGACAAGCAUUUGCUACAGUUGUAAAGAGAGAUCGCUGCUCCUGCUGAACUAAAGACUCCUGUUGAACUGAAGAGUC